CUCUUUUCACACCCCGUAAAAACCUUUAAAAUACUAUUUGUUAAUUUAAUCCGUAGUAUUGUAUAUCGGGCCAUUGAGUUGAAAAUGUUUUAUGAACUGGAUUUACUAGUUUGGGGUUUUCAUAACGAGUGGACAUAUUAUGAACAUCAUCCGGAAAUUGUAGGAACACAAACAGCAAGUUCCAUUCAUUUGACCAGUUUCGUGAUUUUGGCAGCAAUAGCCACCGUGUUUGGUGUCCCAGUAAACUCAGAUUGCAAUUGCAAUUUGAUAACAGAUAAAAGAUACCCACUGACCGAGCCAAUAGUCAAGUACCGCAUAGGUAUCGUCAGCGACUUGGACGAAAAAUCGAAGAGCUCAAUAGAAUCUUCUACAUGGAUCAGUUAUUUCAAAAAGGGCUACUUGACUUACAAACCAGACACCAAAGAAGUAUUCAUUGAAUGGGAUAAUUCCCCGAUUCCUGAUCUGCUCAAAUCGCACGAUUCAGUGAACGACCGAGGCGCAGAGCUAUCAGAGUUGGUUACCUAUGAUGCAAAGCUAAUAACAGUAGACGACAAAACUGGAUGGGUUUAUUUGAUCGAAAAAAACAAUAAUUUGACAAAUUGGGUGAAGCUUAAUAACGGCGAUGGCAACACCAAUAAAGAAAUGAAGAACGAAUGGGCCACCGUCAAGGACUCGAAACUCUACGUGGGUUCACAUGGCAGGGAAUUAGUUAACGGUCAGGACAUUGAUUAUUCGUAUAUGUGGGUGAAGACCAUCGACAAGUUAGGCAAUGUGGAGCACCUGAACUGGAAGGAUAACUUCAUCAAAAUUCGGAAAGCCGUAAAUAUAGAAUACCCGGGAUACAUGGCUCACGAGGCGGUCGAAUGGAGUGAUAUUCAUAAACGAUGGUUCUUUUUGCCGAGAAAAAUAUCGGAGGAACAAUUCGAUGAUUCGGCCGACGAACAAAAGGGCACGAAUGUACUGUUAUCAGCCACAUCGGAUUUCGAAGAUAUUAAG